UCACUGAAAUUUGGCACCGCUGCUGUACUUUUUUAUACAUUUUCAUUUAUUGCAUGUAAAUGUGUCGCGUAGAAUUACAUUUUGAAAUAAAAUUUGUUAGUUUUUUUUGUUAGUGUUAGGUUGUACCUCUACAUAUAUACAUGAAUUACAAGAAUGAAGGGGUUUCAGAAAACAAAGGUUUAUAUAAACUUUGCCUUAUUCAAUAAUAAAUAGUAUUAAUAAUCCACCCGGAAGUAAUUAUACAUGGGAAGUGAAUGGAGAUUGGUAAUGUGAAUGACUUGCAAGCAAUCUGUACACAAGGUUGAUUUAACAAGUAAUUCACGCUAAGAUAAGAAAGAUGUCAACAUCUCAGAUUUUAAAGACCGCCCAUGCUGUUCAACACGAUCGAAGAGUCAAAGUAACCUAUGAAGAAUUCCUUUGGGACCUAAGCUAUAUUUGGCUUAGAGAUCACUGCAGGUGUGCAGAGUGUCAUGACUCGGGAACAUCCCAGCAACUGGUGGAUACGUUCAGUAUUUCAUUGGACAUCAAACCUCAGCAGUUGACAUGUCAAAAAGAUGGACUGAACCUGAUAUGGCCUGAUAGUCACCUGACCAAACUCCCAUGGCAGUGGUUGGUGGAAAAUGCUCCCGGGGGACAGCGAGCGAUCGAUGGGAUGGCACCACUUCGUGUGUAUUGGGAUUGCGAGAAGAUGACAAGCAUGCUUCCUCCCGACAUUCCUUACAAAGAGUUCAUCGAGACAGAGGCGGGAUUGAAAGAAGCUGUGGAGAGAUUCUAUAAGUUUGGACUGGUGUUCUUUGAGGGGAACCGGCCGAACACUGAAGAUGUUCAGAAAGCUGCAAAUCGGCUUUCCCGACUACAAGAGACUUUCUAUGGAGGUGUUUGUGUAGUCACAGCGGAUAAUGAGAUAGCUGAUCUGGCAUACUCCAGCGCUAAACUGAGUUGUCACACAGAUACAACAUACUUUACCCAGCCUGCGGGAGCCAUGUUGUUUACAUGCUUCAAGCACGAUGGACUCGGAGGGGAGAAUCCUUUGGUUGACGGCUUCCACGCCGCGGCCAAACUGAAGGAGACCCACCCAGAACACUACCAAGCUCUAAGCACCAUACCACUGUCCGCAUGCUACAAGGACAAAGAACGACACAUGGAGAUGCACUUCACAACUCUCAACCAUGAUCCUGUGACAGGGCAGCUGAUCAAUAUCAGGUACAACAACUCAGACAGGGCUCCUCUGUCCCACCUAUCGCCCGACGACGUUGACCGCUUCUACGCAGCGCACCAGGCAUUUGCUGCGAUCCUCCAGAGUCCAGCCAGUGAGUUUGUGGUCAAGCUCAACCCUGGGAGACUGAUGCUGAUUGAUAACUGGCGAUGUCUACAUGGCCGCAUUGGCUUCACUGGACAUCGCAUCAUGACCUCUUGCUACUUACAGCGAGACGAGAUAAACAGUAAAAUCAGGACCAUUCUAGGGGUUAAAGAUUAAAACAAGGCAGCCCCAGAAAAACAAGACCCAAAUUGGUGUAUAAAUUUGUUGUAUUCUCUUUUCCCUAAUUUCAGGCUUUCUCUACAUGUAUAAUAUUAGUGUAUUACUAUUGGUAAUUGUCAAAGACUAGCCUUCACAGUUGGUGUA